AUUAUAACGUAGACGACGACCUGCGGCAAGAGCGAACGCGCUCCCUCGCGGACGCUCGUGUGUACCACUCAUUUGCAGCGUUUGCCGGCUGCGGAGAGUGCCAUAGUCGGGCUGUGCGAGCCGGAGCCGUGACUUUUCGCGAUGGGUGCUCACGUCUCGCGGACCGACUUCGAAUGGGUUUACAGCGACGAGCCGCAUGCCACGCGUCGGAAGGUGAUUCUCAAAAAGUAUCCCCAGAUCAAGGAGCUGAUGGUGACAGACCCAUGGUUCAAGUGGCAGAUUGUGGGCAUGGUGACGAUCCAGCUGAUCAUGUUUUGGCUACUGCGUGAUGCGUCGUGGCUCACGAUCGUUGUGCUGGCCUACUGCUUUGGCGGUGUGAUCAACCAUGCGCUCAUGCUGGGCAUUCACGAGAUUGCGCACAACCAGGCGUUCGGGCAGGGCCGGUCACUGCCCAACCGGCUAUUUGGCAUGUUCACCAACCUGCCUGUUGGGGUACCAGCGUCGAUCUCUUUCCGGAAAUACCACUUGGAGCACCACCGGUACCAGGGCAUAGAUACAAUCGACGCAGACCUCCCCACCGAGCUGGAGGCAAAGCUGUUCUGCCACACCGGCACGAAACUGCUCUGGGUGAUCCUGCAGCCGCUUUUCUAUGCACUGAGGCCCGUGUUUGUCUUUCCCAAACCCGUCACCGGGCUCGAGGUGCUCAACACUGUCAUCCAACUCUCCUUUGACUUGCUUGUCUACCAUUACUGCGGAGGCAAAGUGCUGUUCUACAUGGUUGGCGGGUCCCUGCUGGCCAUGGGCCUGCACCCCGUGGCUGGCCAUUUUGUCUCCGAGCACUACAUGUUCAAGAAGGGCUUUGAGACUUACUCCUAUUAUGGCUGUCUCAACUGGGUCACCUUUAAUGUGGGCUACCACAUGGAGCACCACGACUUCCCUGCCGUGCCAGGCUCCAAACUGCCUCUGGUCAAGAAGAUUGCCGGGGAGUUCUACGAUGACCUGCCCCAGCACAACUCGUGGGUCAAGGUCCUCUACGACUUCAUCAUGGAUCCUGACAUUGGGCCGUAUGCCCGCAUCAAGCGGAAGGGGGCAGCCAUGCCCGUGCUUGACGGGUCUGGGGACGUGAUCAAGCCCAUCUCCGAUGUCACGUUCGCCGACAUGAACGGCUCCAACGGGGUCAAAAAGGGAGAGUGAGGUCAUCAGAAAGGGGGGUAAAGGAAAGGGGGUACAUGGGAAGGGAAGGAUGGGACGGAGAGGCAUUUGUACACAGGGGUUGGGACAUUGUAGUUUUAAUGCUUGUUACGCACAUGAUGAAAAGGGGAUGAACUGAGAAGUAGUGCUGGAAAGGAGAGGAGAAGGUGAGGCUUUUUACUUGGCAAAAGAUGCUGGAUCCUGUGACACACAUGAAGUGCAAGAGUACCAGUAAACAUCAGUGUGCCAUAAUUGAGAGGAUCAGCAAGGAAAUGUUGGAGAAGGCUUGGGGUUGAUGGCUUAUAAUAUUGGGCAGAAGGCACAUGUCUGUGGGGGACUGCCCUGGUUUGGCAAGCUCAUGGGAGAGAGUUGCGUGUGUUGAAUUGUGUGGUGUGGUUUUGCAAUGUGGAAGGCUUGAAGUGAAAGGCUUGCAGUGACCGAGUCAGGUAGUGCUGUUGCAAGAGGCUGUUGUGGAAGAGAUGAAAGUUUGCGGGAGCAGCGAUGCCUUCAACAGAGUGAACUAGCUUGUGCGACCAAGUGCAUCGUUAGAGGGCAUUAUUAGAUGCUGCCACGAAGCCUUCCUGCAACGGGCAUUGUUGAAAAGCUUCACAGCUGGCUACUUGCGGUGGCAGAGGAACUGUGCGCGACUGUGCUACGUCUGCAACAGCCAAAGUGUGGGGAAUGAGUGCUUCGAACCAUCAUGUGAAGACAAGCCUUCACGAAUGACAAAGGAUAGACAGUGCGGCAGUGUGGAAACAGUGUGGAUCAAAGUGCAAGAGACUGGGACUGUGGUUUGUGAAGCAGGAAUUGUGUGGGAUGUACAUGUCUUUCAAAGGUGGUGUAAUGUGUGGAUUGCGCAGCAGUGUUUUCUUUUUUUUUGUUUUGUUUUGUUUUCUUGUCGAAAGGGUGAGAAGAAUGUCCUGGUGAUGUGCUCACAUUGA